AUGAUGGCAAGCACCAAAUCCAGUCCUCCGAGUGAUACAGCAGUUGCUGCCGAAGUCAUCGCCUCUGUGGACACUUGUCGAGCGCUGAGGAAGCGUGUCAAGGAGCAUCAGCGAGUCAAGGCCGAGGAUCCGUUUCCCGCUGUGAUGAACAGCCUGCCCCCACGAGAGAAAUGCGACCGGCUUGUUGAAUCGUACUUGAGGACCUUUGAGUUGAUGUACCGAGUGGUACACAUACCCUCCUUCAGGAAGCAGUACACUGAGUACUGGGAACGACCCCAGGCUGCUUCCGCCGGCUUCAGGAUCAAGAUUCUUCUGAUCCUCGCCCUUGGCUGCAGUGUUGAACGCGAGGAAGAGGUCUUCAUGUCGGUGUGCCCUUAUGUAUCACAGUGGGUCUUCGCCGCACAGUGGUGGUUGACGGGCCCUGCUGAGAGAUCGACUGCUGGCCAGGAGGGCUUACAGGUCCACUGUCUGUUGAUUCUGGCCCGCCAGGCUCAUUCCAUUGGCAACAGCGGCUCAAACUGGACUCUUUCAGGAUCCCUUCUCCAUUUUGCCUGUAUGCAAGGCUUGCACCGAGAUCCCAAGCAUUUCCCCGAACUCUCGUUCGUGGACGCCGAGACGCGCAGACGGUUGUGGGCGACCGUCCUGGAGUUGCUGCUGCAGACGUCCAUAGACGCCUACAUGUCUCCCAUGUUCUGCCUGGACGACUUCGACACUGAGCCUCCAUCGAACUUGAAUGACGCAGAGUUUGAUCAACACACAUCAGUGCCCCCGCCCCCGCGGCCAGAAGCCGAAUUCACCCAGACUUCCAUCCAGGUGCUCCUGCACCAAUCGAUCCGCUGCCGCCUCGACACUAUGAAAUUUCUGAAUAAAAGCAGAGGAACGGAGCAGUGUUAUGACACCGCACUCCGGCUUGGCACGGAGCUACAGUCUUUCUCUCAGAAGAGUGAGGUUCUUUUUCACUCGCGGGCGGGCCAGAAAAACAACAUCUUUCACAAGAAGCUGACAGAUAUGAUACUGCACCGUGCCAUCCUUCUGCUACACAGGCCGUUCGUGCUCAGGGGUGCCGGAGACCCACGCUUCCACUUCUCACGCAAGGUCGGCUUGGAGUCUGCCAUGGUGCUACUCUCGCAUCUCGGGGACCUGGAUGCCUCAUCUGGAACUGUAGAUGAGUUUGCCCGGUUGACAAUGAUGUCCACAGGCACCUUCAAGGGCGCCAUCUCUUUAGAUGCCAUCACAACAGUCUGUCUCGAAGUACUAUCACAGUUAUACGAGGAGGGAGGAAAGACGGGGCCUGAGCAUGCUUCUCGUUCCGUGGUCGUGGACAUGGCCCGUGCCUCCCGCGCUCUAAUGGUCCAGACCUUGGAGCAUGUGCAGAAGCAACUAGAGCGUCUUGUCGCACGGGGUGACCCCAGCCUAAAGCGUUAUGUCUUUCUCAACACCACCCUCGCACAGAUCCGUGCCCUGGGGACUGGAAACCCCCCUGAAGCCACGGCUCGUGAGGCGCUGAAGGAUAGUCUACAGGCCUGCCGGAAUAUGCUGGAGCAGUAUAUCCACACGGCUCAACUCCCGGAAUAUUCGCCACUUACUAGCGGCCUCUUCGACGUGGAGAACAAUCAAGUCUUAUCUAAUGAUGAAUUGUUCAAUUCAUUGAUCGGCGAUCCUGCGUUCAACUUGGAGUUUGAUCCGUCCAGGCUUCUUUCCAUGUGGGAUGACCAAAACAUUCAUGUAUCACUUUAA